AUGGCGGGUGCCUGCGAGAGCGAGAGGCCCGGAAAGCCGACCCACGCCUUCGACCUGGCGCUGCUGGAGUUCCUGGUGUGCCGGCUCUCCAAGAAGCCGCUCCGUUAUGAAGCAUCGACAAAUGAAUUGAUUAAUGACGAGUUGGGAAUAGCCUAUCCAAUUAUUGAUGGGAUCCCUAAUAUGAUACCACAGGCAGCUAGGAUGAUGGCACAUCAAAAUAAGAAGCAAGAAGAUAUGGAGCAGCACUAGAUAAUAAUUAAAAACGACGCAU